AUGUCUCUUUUAGAAGACAUCGUUGAUUUGCUCCGCUAUGUCCUGGAAUAUUUUGGAGUUCCAACUGACAUGCUCGUUCCAGUCUGGGACAGUCCACUUUGUGGACAGUAUCGCAGUAUCGUCCGUAUGAUCGGGACAAAUCUACCUCUAAGCCCUAACCCUCGGGUCUUCUUCCAGAUUCCGCUGCAGACAUCUAAGAGGCACGGCCACAUCGAUGUUUCCUUGGAAACUCCUGCCAUUCCUUCGCUGGCUGAUGUGUUGUGGCUUGCGGAGGAUGAGGGAGAGAGCUUCGCGAAGUUCAGGAAUGCUCUCCCAUUUAAAAGAAACACUGUACCACAAGGUUUUAUGACUCCUCCAGUCCAUCCUGGAGGCUCGGCGUCUGUGAUCAUGCCUGUCCAGCAGGGGGCCAGGGUGACUGGACAGAGAAGUCACCCAGAGGCUCUGCAGAAGAUCACUGCUUUGGAAGCGGAGCUGAUGAGGCUCCGUGCACAGAUCGCCAUGAUUGUUACUUCUUCCUCAGGUCCUUCCACCUUACCAUGUGAUCCAGGUACCCCUUGUUCAGUUCCUCUGUCAGCUCCAGCACUUACAUCCACCCCUGUCUGCCCACCUCCCCCACCACCUCCACUGCCUCCUCCUCUCCCACCUGCUGCUCCUCAUGGCUCUUCAGACAUAUCUGUACUGGAGGUGAUUAAACAGAGGCGGGAGGGCAGGGCAGAGCGGCCAAAGCAGGGUGAGCCGUCCGCGGGCACAGUUCCUGCUGCCGUCCCCUCCAUGCUGGAGGUACUAAAGGACUUGAACCAGGUCAGACUCCGGGCUACCGAGAGAUCUCCAGGGGGAACUCCAGUGAGGAAGAGGAGGAGUAAGGGCAACGUGUGUCCAUCAGACCCUGCGGCUUUGAUUGCAGAGGCUCUGAAGAGGAAGUUUUCACACAGACAGCAGGACGAUUCGUUUGACAAAGAGAACCGCUCUGCUGAGCCCUCACCAUUCAGCAGUCCAGACACACCACGCAUCUCCCAUCACACUAGACGCAGCCAGGGUCGUAUGCACCUGUGA